UUGACAAAUAAAGUCUGCUAUUCGAUCGAAAGGUUAAGUCAGGUUAAGUUUUCAUAGGUAAUCAUUUACUUGAAGCAAAAAUAAAAUGGGAUAAAUUGUUGAAAUUAAGAAAUUUUUCAAAAAUUUCUCAUAAAAUCAUCAUAAAUACUACAUUAUCAUGGAGGAACAAGGCAAACCAAUUGUAGUAUUUCAUCCAAUUAUUUCCUCCAUACAGAAAAUUGCUCUUUACGAGACAAAAUCCCGAUUUUAUCUAAUGGGAUCAAACAAUAUAUUAACGCGUUUCCGAGUCUUGAAAAUUGACAGAAUGGAAUCUAGAGAAUUGAUUGUAGUGGAUGAUAAGAGAGAAUACACUCAGGAUGAAAUAAAAGAUUUGGUCAACAUGAUAGAUAUGGGUAAUAGAACACGAACAGGACAACGCAACAAUGUUGGCGGUGUUGCACGUGUUGUAUCUGCUUUUGGAAUUGUCGGCAAAGAUAGUAAAGAUCCUGCAUCUAGUUCGAGUAAAUCAGAGGAGCCUGAGCCACAAGAAUUACAUAAGCCACUGCAUAAACCGACACAAACUAAAUUCACCUGGAAGAAUAUGUGGCAGAGAGAUACUUUCCCCAGGCUAGUACGAGCUUUAGCUCUUCUUGGUUUUGUACGUUUCUUGGAGGGAUAUUAUAUAAUCUUGGUUACGAAACGUCGCCGAGUUGCAGUUAUUGGUCAUCAUACGAUAUAUAAGAUAGAAGAUACAUCAAUGAUAUAUAUACCAAAUGAUAUUGUACGAGUGUUCCAUCCAGACGAACAGAGAUAUGUAAAGAUGUUUCAAAGUAUCGAUCUCAGUAGUAACUUUUACUUCAGUUACUCAUAUGACAUAUCGCAUACUUUUCAAAGUAAUAUGGCACCACCAAUGCAUAUUAAAUCUGAUAUUCCCACUGAUAUUCCUAUUAGGCAAAAGGACUCUGAAGAAUUGGAGAACUCUGAAGAUUUUUUUAAUAUGUGGGCAUUUAGGAAAGAUUGGCAGACUGAAUGUAAAAGUGAGAAAUAUAUGGAUUAUGGUAUUCGGAGUAAUCCACAUCGUCGCUUUGUAUGGAAUUCGCAUCUGUUAAAGCCUGUAGAAAAAGAUUUGCAUCCUGACUGGAUAUUGUAUGUAAUACAUGGCUUUAUUGGUCAAUCAAAUGUGAGCAUUUUUGGGAGAUCUAUGUAUGUUACUGUUAUUGCCAGAAGAAGUAACAAAUAUGCAGGGACACGUUUUUUGAAACGUGGUGCAAAUUUUGAUGGAGAUGUCGCGAACGAAGUAGAAACGGAACAAAUCGUCCAUGAUUCUGGUGUGAGUUCUUUAAGUAAAGGACGUUUCAGUUCUUUUGUACAAAUGCGUGGAUCAGUGCCUGCUCAUUGGAGUCAAGAUGUUAGUAAAAUGGUACCAAAACCGACUAUAAUUUGUGAUUUGUCCGAUCCUUAUGUAGAAACAGCAGGAGCACAUUUCAAUAAACUGUUAAAAAGAUAUGGAUCACCAAUAAUAUUGUUAAAUCUAGUUAAAAAACGAGAGAAAAAAAAACACGAAAGUACAUUAAGCGAAGAGUUAAGUGUGGCUGUAAAAUAUUUAAAUCAAUUUUUACCUCCAGAGCAUCAUAUCCAAUAUAUAAGUUUUGAUAUGGCGCGUAUGAAUAAAAGAAAAGAAGUGAAUGUUAUGGGACGUUUGGCAAAUAUUGCUUAUAAUGCUGUGUUAAAGACUAGUAUUUACCAAUCACAGAAUCCUUACUAUAGUCAGAGAUAUCUUUUCUCAUCACAAAAUAAUAGCAUCAGGAAACUUCACAAGACGAAUUCAAACUCGACUUUAUCAUCUAAUUUAAAUGAUACUAAAAGCUCUAUCAAUUCUUUAACUAAAAUGGAUUAUAACAGACAAACAAAUUCUAUACAUGGUUCCAAUUCAAAUACUGAUGUCAAUAAACUAAAUGAGUUAAAUCAAAUUGAGAAUAAAGUGGCAGAAUGUUUUGCUAGAAGAGGAACUGUACAAACUGGGAUUAUCAGAACAAAUUGUGUAGACUGUUUAGAUCGAACUAACACAGCUCAGUUUGCAAUAGGAAAAUGUGCCUUAGGAUUUCAAUUAUGCGCUUUGGGUGUAUUAGAAUCUCCCAAACUUGAAUUUGAUUCUGAUUGUGUGAGGAUGUUAGAAGAAUUAUAUGAGGAUCAUGGAGAUACUUUAGCCUUGCAAUAUGGUGGCUCACAACUAGUACACAGAAUUAAAACAUAUAGAAAAACUGCUCCAUGGACAAGUCAGGGUAAUGAUAUUAUGCAAACUUUAAGUAGAUAUUACAGUAAUACAUUUAGUGAUCAAGAAAAGCAGCAUACAAUUAAUUUAUUUCUGGGAUUAUUUGUACCUGAAGAGGGCAAGCCUCCAAUAUGGGAGCUUUUGACAGAUUAUUAUCUUCAUCAUCCUCCUGCAUGUCGCUACUCGCGUAAAACAAAGCUUUUGACACAAUGGUGGGAUCAAAAUGUAUUGAAAUGUCUUCCUUAUGCAUUUGAUGAAAUAACUAAAUCUUGUUCAGAAAUGAUACAAGUGGAAAAUUCAACAGAGGAAAUGAUUGACAUUUAUUACGAUUAUCAUAGGCCAUAUGAAUUGUCCUUGUUAUCUGAGGUAUAUGCUUAUAAAAUAAGUCACUCUAUUAGAGAUUUUAUGCCGCAUUUCACUACUUGCUACAGUCCAUUUGCUGUUCGUGUACGACCAGGUAGACGAAGAGAAGAAGCAGGUAAUAAAAACUUAAAUAUGAAAAAUCCAUCUAUGACUGGUCAAAGCAGUACAAGCAGUACAACGUCCAGUGCAAGUUCAAGUGAGGACUCAAGUUCAGAUGAAGAUGAAAGUCAUCAAAUGGAUGAUUCUCAAUUAAUUAUUUCUAAAGAUAGCUUAGAUUUAAUAUCAUUUGAAUCAUUGUUCCCAUCUAUGAAAGAGGUAUAUGGAACACAACCAGAUUAUCCAAAACGAAAUGAUAUCCUUCUUUAUAAAAGAUUUGUUUUAAUAGGACGCAAUGCAACAUAUACCACAGAUAAUAAUAAAUUGCGUUCAAAAUUAAUUCAACAAGCAUCCUUUCCUGAAUCUAUGUCUACUGUUAUUACAUUACCUGGUGUUAAAAAUGCCAGUAUAAAUAUAUAUAAACAAUAUGUGAAAAGAGCCACGUCAGGUGGUUCAAUACCAAAUUCAAAUGAUAUAAAUUUAUAUGAAACCUAUGCUACUCAGUAUAAAUUGCUUAUGAAAGGAACAUGCUCUGGAUAAAAUCAAAUUUAGCAUUUAAUAAAUUAAACUUAUUGUAUAUAUAUAUUGUAAAUAUGAAAUAAAAUAUAUAGUAGAUAUUCUCUACAUAAUAAAAUA